UGACAGGCGAGGGGCGGGUGACGGGCUGAUGGCACAGGCACACCUCGCCCACUACUCACCAAAUCCCACCAUUAAACCUACACCACGUCCCUCUUCCUCUACGUGUUGAGAGAACGAGAGGGAAGUGCUCAAACCAACCUCAAUCUUAGACCGCAGCUCGCUCUCAGAGCCGCGAAAAGUGAGUUCCAUGGGGAGAGGCAGAACAGCUGUGUGGCAGCACCUCAGCAUCACCUGAGGGACAUGCACUCAGGUCCUCACUCCCCAGUGAAAUGCCGCUGUCCUGGGAUGUAUGGUGAAGACUUGGGGCCGUACCAAGAGUCGCGAAGGCCAAGGCACGGACCUUCCCUUCGAUCAGCAAGGCAAAGCCUUCGCCCUUACCUUCAAUCCGUACCAAGAGUCGCCGUGGAAGAAUCUAGAAUGUAUGAAGAGGACCAUGAGCCCCAAGGGAUGGUGCCAUAGUGUGUUGGUGGUGCAGGCUGGUGCUGUGUUCCUGGUACUGGGACCAGUAGGGGAGCUGGUGCAGCAGGCAGAGGCUGUGGUGGCUUACAGCACACAGAACCAACCCUCUAUCUACUUGGAAGAAUUAACCAAUCAAAAGCUAGAGAGCUUUUCAGAACUAUGGCAGGGAAUAUUUCUUUGGGGAUUUUUCUCCAUAUUAUUUAUUCACAUAGUGUCUGCCAUCAUUGCCUUUCUGAUGCUGAGACGACAUAAGUAUGGAAGGUACUCAGCUGCCUGUGUGUUGCUGUUUGGCAUGUGCACCACCUUUGUGAUGUGUGUGGCCACCAGUGCUGCCGUAGGGUUUGUGCUCUACCAGGCCAAGAUCACACUGCAGCCCAUCGAGGCCAUGACGUGUGGCAUAGCACAGACGGUCCUCCUCAUACUGUUCUCCUUUUCUAAAGUUAUGCCCACUCUCUAAGGAAUACUAGUCAUUCUUCUCUCCUUGCUCACUUUUCCCAUAGGAUUGGAUACCAUAUAUUCUUCAUGUAGAUUAGUUUUGGAAGGUAUCGGUUUUAAGCCUGGUUGCCUGAAAAGACCGGAUUGAAAACAUCUUAUUGAUAGUCUGUUUUCAACUCACUAUUUCCACUGAUUGUGUUUGAUGGAUAGUAAAUGAUGACUGUUAAUCAA